AUGCGCAUCACUUGGACGCUUCUGUUAUUCAGCUUGUGGCUUAGCCACUAUACCAGCCAUGCGACUCCAGUCAGCGGCACGGAUAUUGAGCAACCCACAGACGUGCCUACAGUUGGCGACACCAACGCAACCAAAACUGAGGAGGCUGACGACGACGAUGAUGAUUGGUUCAACUAUGAUGGACGCAUUAUUGGCGGCCUGCCCACAUCCAUACGGAAUUUCCCUUACCAGGUGUCACUGCAGUAUCGUGGCCAGCAUAUCUGUGGCGGCGCCAUAGUACGACCUAACGUUGUCAUCACCGCGGCACAUUGCGUUGAUCCAUCCAUGAAGGUGAGUGCAUUUAAGGUGCGCGCCGGCUCUUCGCAACACGCUUAUGGCGGUCAAUUGCGUGCGGUGCAGCGUAUACUACGCCAUGAGGGUUACUCCUCGACCACGUAUAAUCUGGAUGUGGCGCUGUUGCAGCUCCAACGCGAACUCGUCUAUACAGAAACGGUGCAACCCGUUGAAUUGGCGACGCAAAAUGCUGUGUUGUCUGCGCAAGCGAAACUCUUCGUUAGCGGUUGGGGUCUCACCAGCGAGACGGGCUAYGUGUCRGCGAURUUGAAUUACGUGGAUGUACAAUUGAUCGGGCAGGAGAUUUGUGCACAGAAUUACAAAUAUGUGGUGCCGAUAACAACGGAAAUGUUUUGUGCCGGCUAUAGUAAUGGUGGUAAGGACUCGUGUCAGGGUGAUUCSGGUGGUCCGUUAGUCACUUACACUCGCAAGUUGCCCACACUCUACGGUAUUGUUUCGUGGGGUGUCGGCUGCGCACAAAAGGGAUAUCCGGGCGUCUAUGCGAAGGUGUCCGCAUURAGACCGUGGAUUGAUGAGCAGCUGGCGGACAUUGAUAAACGUAGCGGAAAAGUGCAUUGA